GAACUUUGUAAGUUAUUGAGAAUAAUCAGUGAAAAAUGAAGCAAUUUCUUCUAGUCGCUUUACUUGUCAGUGCCGUUUUUGCUGCUCCAGCAAUAGAAAAUGAAGAAAUCGGAAUCAAAUCAGCUCAAUUUAUGAAUCCAAUGAUGAUGAUGAAUCCAAUGAUGAUGAUGAGAAAUCCAAUGAUGAUGGGUAUGAUGAUGGGAUCAGGCUGUGGUAGCUGUUCUUGUAUGCCUAGAUGUCCAAUCAUUUGGAUGUGUCCUCCAGUUUGUAAUCCAUGCUGCUGUAACAAUACAUGUAAUGAAGAUCCAGCACCCGUAGAAGAAGAAGUUAAGCACGAACCAGAAAUUUUGCCAAUGCCUCUUCCAAUCUUCCCCAAUUACCCUCUUUUGGACGAAAUCGCUCAGCAUCUCUUAGAAAGACCCGUUGGACAAGAAUAUCCACCAGACAUAAUUGUCAAAAGACCAAGAAACUAAUUGCUGGGAUCCAGUCAACAUCCAGUAGACUGUAAUUUUAAAAUUAGGAAUUUGCAUAUUUGGAAUGCUAGUUUCUUUAUCAAACGCUUGUUUUAGACCAUUUGUUAAGAAGUUAUUGACUCAUUGUUACCAAUCGUUAUGUUUUUAAAGAUAAAUAAUAAAUACAAGAUUUUAUUUGGAACCUCAA